AUGUCCGAACCGUCGAAUCGACCUCGUAAAUCUACGUCAUCAACAAGCAGGUCCAGCGGUGGCUCUAGCAACCCUGCAGUUGCUCUCAAUAAACUACUUAAUGCACCCCGUCUAUCAGCCACCAAAUUUCGAACCAAGGAGGAUGUUGAUGAUGGGCUUAAAAAGCUCCGUCGGUUGAUAUUGUUGGGUGGAAUCCCAACUUCUGAGGAUUCUUCGUUACGCCCCCGCAUUUGGAAGCUACUACUUCGCGUCGACGGUCCUCUGGCCGGUGAUACCUACAUUCAAUAUAUCGCCCGAGGGGCUAGUCCGGACAGAGAAAAGAUUAGGAAUGAUACCUUUCGAACCCUUGCCACCGACAUGGAGUUCAAGUCCCGAGUUAGGGAAGAUAUGUUGAUCCGUCUGUUAGAUGCAUUUGUCUGGCGAAAUCAUGAUCGACAGUCUCCUACCCAGUUACCCUUUCGAUACGUACAAGGCAUGAAUGUGCUUGCUGCUCCCUUCCUAUACACUCUUUCCUCCGAGCUUGAAGCCUUCCAUUGUUUUUCAAGAUUUAUCGAAAUUGAAUGCCCAUUGUAUGUUCAACCGACACUAGAAGGAGUUCAUCGUGGGUUAAAGCUCUUGGAUCGAUGUCUACAAAUAGCCGACCCGGAGUUGUUUCAGCACCUUCGGUCCAAGAAUCUGAGCGCGGAGAUAUACGCGUUUCCCUCUGUGUUGACACUUUGUGCGUGUACUCCACCUUUGGCUGAGGUGCUCCGCCUCUGGGACUUUCUCCUAGCAUUCGGCGUGCAUCUGAAUAUCUUUCCCAUGAAACUACUGCGCACAUUCCCGCCUCUUCAAGCACAACCUGUUAUCGAAAUUGCCGUUGCAUUGGUGAGGGAUCUUCCCGUCGAGUUGUAUGAUGAACUGGUAAGGCAUCCGUUUGAGAUUGAGCUAUGA